AAAAUACACAUAGACAAUCACAGCUCAACAGCUUUUUAACUCACCUCUCUCACUCUCAGAUCAUUCCUGUUUCAUUUACAUUUCUCUCCUCUCUCUCUCUCUCUUCCCGUUUCAGACUUGAGAGAGUCUGCGAGAAAGAAAGAAGAAGAAGAAGAAGAAAAAAACAGGUUGGGUUUUUGUUCACUUUAACAGCUUCAUUCUCUCAAACCCACCUGAGUUUUUUUUGUUACUCCAUUUCUCUCUUCUGUGUUUUGCCCCCUUUUUUUUAUAUCUCUUCUUAUUUGGUUUCUUGUCAGUUUCAAGAGAGCUUCCAAAUCCCAGAUCCUCUGUUUUUCCUUGUUGGUCCUUUCCUCUGUUUUUUUUUUUGUUACACUUUUACUUUCUCUGGAUUCGGAUCUGACCACUAAGGAUUUAGUUGGUAAAAGAGGUAUUAUCGUGUUCUCUUCUCUCACACAACAAAAGCUCAAAGAUCGAAUCUUUUUCUUUUCUUCUUCUUGUCCUUAGAGUCCGGAGAGAAACAAAAACAAAAAAAGCAGCUCCCUUUCUUUUCUCCUCCCUUAGAUUCUUCAAAGCUUAGAUGCUUAUCUCUCUUUCUCUCUCAGAUUCCAUUUCAAAAAUGCCAUUUUGACAGAUCAAUAUCUCCAAACUUUUCUCUCUCUAUCUCUUUCUCUUUAAGCUCCACCAUUGAUAAUACAACAAUAUCAACAAUCGUUGAAAACAUGAACAGAGGAAUCCAAGUUAUGUCACCAGCAACGUAUCUAGAGACAUCGAACUGGCUAUUCCAAGAGAACAGAGGAACCAAAUGGACGGCUGAAGAGAACAAGAAAUUCGAAAACGCCUUAGCCUUCUACGACAAAGAUACUCCAGACAGAUGGUUCAAAGUCGCCGCCAUGCUUCCCGGCAAAACCGUGGGAGACGUGAUCAAACAAUACAGAGAGCUCGAGGAAGACGUCAGCGAUAUCGAAGCAGGUCUCAUCCCAAUCCCUGGCUACGCUUCCGAUUCCUUCACACUCGACUGGGGAGGCUGCGAUGGAGCAGCAGGUAACAAUGGGUUCAACAUGAACGGUUAUUACUUCGCCGCCGCCGGAGGAAAGAGAGGAUCCGCUGCACGAACGGCGGAGCAUGAGAGGAAGAAAGGUGUUCCAUGGACAGAAGAAGAACACAGACAGUUUCUGAUGGGUUUGAAAAAGUAUGGAAAAGGAGAUUGGAGAAACAUAGCUCGCAACUUCGUGACCACACGGACGCCAACGCAAGUCGCGAGUCACGCUCAGAAGUAUUUCAUAAGGCAAGUCAACGGCGGCAAAGACAAACGCCGAUCAAGCAUCCACGAUAUCACGACCGUCAACAUUCCUGACUCUCCUGACGCAGCAGCCACCGAUAACGCAACCUCGAACGCGCCAUGCUCGCCGCCAUCAGUAGGAGGAGGAAGCCAGCAGGAAGCGUCGGAGUGGGAAGGUCAACCGCUUUACGAUGAAACAGCGGCUGCGUUUUAUAACCAAAACGCGUUUCAGGAAACGCUACUUGGUAUGUCCUCGACGCCGUACAUGGCAAAACUUCAGGAACAGAGUUUUCUGAACGCAUCGCACUUCGAACCGUACAAUGCGUAUCUCCAAAUGUAGCACAAGGUGAAAGAUCUCGGACAAGUGUUACUACGAGUUAAUAAUGAUCAUUAAUAUUUUUAUUUAUUUUUACUAUUUUGUUUUUCCUUAAUCCGCGUGCAUAUACCCAAAAAAAACAAAAAUUAGUUGCUUUUAAUUUUUAUUCAGAGAUACUAUUUGUUGUUUUGUUUACACUCUUUUUUUUUUGUGGUUGAUUCAAUGAGUUAAUUAGGCUUUGUUAUUUUAA